AUGAGCGGGGACAAUUUCUCCGGCGGGUUCCGCGAGGGGGGCCGCCGCCCCGCCCUCGGCGACGUCACCAAUCGGCCCGCGAAGAGGGGGUUCUCGCUCGUCUUCGACGAUCCGGGAGCGAAGUCUCGAGACGGGCGGGGUACAUGUAGAGUAGUAGACGGGGGAGGAGGGGAUGCGGCGUUCGCGAAGCGGGUGCGUUUGGGAGUUGAGAAUUCGGUGAAGGAGAAAUGCACUACGGGACACGAAGCGGACGACCUUAAGAAGGGUACUUCUGUUCCUUCGUCCAAGGACAAGAAGGCUCGUGGUUCGUCCCCUGUGCGUGACAAGUUCAGUAGUGCCGGCGAUAAUUCGUUUUCUGCUGCUGUUCAUAACCUGCCGAGUAGAUCCCAGGAAACAUUAAAUGCUUCGCACAGCGGUCCUAUGGUUUCGGGGAUUGAAAUGAACGCACGAGAUGUAUUGGAAGUGGGCGAUGUAUCAAGGGAUAGUUGUAUGUCGAUUGUUUCGAGUAUGAGCAGUCAAGCCGGUGGGAAAAGCUCUGACGGGCUCAAGGUGCGCGACGAGCGUGCAGAUAUUGUAGAGGAAGUUGACGCCAAUCCAAUUAGAGAAAGCACCGCACAAGGUCCCGUUACUCAGGCUCUUAGCAAUUUAGACGAGGGCCUCAGAAUCGGGAAAUUAGCAUCAAACCGAUCUGGCUCUAUUGAGUGGUCGAGGUUGCCUAACUCACAGGGUCUCAAAAACUUCGAAUUGAUAAGAUGCCAAGCUUCGGAGGGAAAUGGCAGCGACAAUUUGUGUGCCGAGGAGGACCUGCUCAAAAGUUGUUCUUGUUCUUUUUGUUUGAAAGCUGCUCAUAUGUGGUCAGACCUUCACUACCAAGACAUCAAGGGUCGAAUAGCUGAUAAAAUUGACAAAAGCCAUGUUAUCCAUCCUUCAGCAGUGGGCAAGAGUCGAAAAGAAGCUAGCACUUUGGUUCAGAAAACUGGUACGGCAAAGGAUGUUAAUCAUGUCCCAGGAAACUCAAAUAAGUCUCCAAAUCUGGAGUAUGCUCUCAUGAAUCAAUGGAGGUCGCUCUUUCUGCACAUGGAGGACGUACUAGUCCAUGAAGGCCGCGAACUCCAAAGUAGUUAUUGUGAGCUCAGGGAUAUGAGAGAAAAAUGCAAGAUGGAUCUGGAGUUGACGAACAAUAUGCCUUCAAAUAGAAACUAGAGUUGCAUCGGUUUCGCUGUUGGAAUCUUUUGUACUCAAGACUACUUCCAAGCUUGUGAAGGUGAAAUUACAUGCAUUCCUUUUUGCAUAUACUUGCUCGCGCGACACCGCCUUCUGUGCAAUCCAAUGUUGUAGUCCAUGGAUCUUUCCCUUCCCGUUCCUUUCAUGAGGUGCCUGGAAUCUCUUUGCUAGUUUUCUCAUUCAGGGUUUUACUUGGCUGUGAUUUUUUCGUCCUGCUUGUUGCCAGUACAAGUCAGAAGAUUGUAUUGCUUGAGAAAAUGUAUUGUUUUUCCUUACUAGUCAAUGAAUCAAGCCCCUGAUUUGAAAAUAAAGAGCUGUCGAGCGUAUAAAAUUGCGGCGAUAUGGUUUACAUAGA